ACUUCAAGCUUCCGCCAUGUUGUCUGUCGCUCACAAAACGUAAAAACCGUAAAAACGUUGUUAGCUAAAGUGCAUCUUCUUAAAUGUUACGUUACGGGGAACACACUUUAUCACGCUAAGAUUUGGUGACUCUGAAGAACCCGCAUUAUGGCGUUGCCGCCAUACAUGCUGGGGCAGCCCUAUGUUAUGGGCGUGCUUGCCCAGCAACAGGCUGUGGCUGCGCAGCUGGCAGCACAGGUUCAUGCACAGAUGCAACAACACCAGCAGCUACAGCAGCAACAACAGUUACAGCAGCAGCAGUUGAUAUCUGAGGAGAAGCUACAAGAAAAGGCCAGGAAAUGGCAGCAGCUGCAGUCCAAACGGUAUGCAGAGAAACGAAAGUUUGGAUUUGUGGACGCUCAAAAAGAGGACAUGCCACCGGAGCACAUCCGUAAAAUCAUCCGCGACCAUGGUGACAUGAGCAGCCGCAAGUACCGACAUGACAAGAGGGUUUAUCUUGGUGCCCUGAAAUACAUGCCACAUGCGGUCCUCAAGCUUAUGGAGAAUAUGCCAAUGCCCUGGGAACAAAUCCGAGAUGUAAGGGUGCUAUACCACAUUACUGGCGCCAUUACUUUUGUGAAUGAGAUCCCGUGGGUCAUCGAACCAGUUUACAUCGCACAGUGGGGAUCAAUGUGGAUCAUGAUGAGACGAGAGAAAAGAGAUCGCCGUCAUUUCAAGCGCAUGCGAUUCCCACCCUUUGACGAUGAGGAACCACCACUGGAUUACGCCGACAAUGUCUUGGACGUUGAACCGCUUGAGGCUAUCCAGAUGGACAUGGACAACGAAGAAGACUCCCCUGUGUGCAAGUGGUUUUACGAUCACAAGCCCCUCUCUGAAACAAAGCACGUAAACGGGGUCACGUACCGGCACUGGAACCUCUCCCUGCCCCAAAUGGCGACAUUGUACCGCCUCGCUAACCAGUUGUUGACCGACCUGGUGGACGACAAUUACUUCUACCUGUUCGAUCUCAAAUCCUUCUUCACGGCCAAAGCUCUCAACAUGUCCAUUCCGGGAGGGCCAAAGUUUGAGCCCCUCAUCAAAGACAUGAACCCAGCCGAUGAAGACUGGAAUGAGUUCAACGACAUCAACAAGAUCAUCAUCCGUCAGCCCAUUCGUACAGAGUACCGCAUAGCUUUCCCCUACCUGUACAAUAACAUGCCACACUAUGUCCACCUUUCGUGGUAUCAUGCACCUAAUGUGGUCUACAUCAAGACCGAGGACCCUGAUCUGCCAGCCUUCUACUUUGAUCCUCUGAUAAACCCAAUCUCUCACAGGCAUGGAACAAAGCAAGUGACAGAGCUGCUGCCUGAUGACGAUGAAGAGUUCGAGCUUCCAGAGCAUGUGCAGCCCUUCCUUCAGGACUGCCCUUUGUACACAGACAACACUGCUAAUGGUAUUGCCCUUCUUUGGGCGCCAAGGCCAUUUAACAUGAGGUCUGAUCGGUGCAGGAGAGCAAUCGACAUUCCAUUAGUGAAGACAUGGUACCGAGAGCACUGUCCUCCUGGCAUGCCAGUGAAAGUCAGGGUGUCGUACCAGAAGCUGCUGAAGUACUUUGUGCUGAACGCUCUCAAGCACAGGCCCCCAAAGCCACAGAAGAAACGGUAUCUGUUUCGUUCGUUCAAGUCGACCAAGUUCUUUCAGACGACGACUAUUGAUUGGGUUGAAGCAGGUCUUCAGGUGUGCAGGCAAGGCUAUAACAUGCUCAACUUGCUCAUUCACCGUAAGAACCUCAACUACCUUCAUCUCGACUACAACUUCAACCUGAAACCAGUCAAGACCCUUACAACAAAGGAGCGUAAGAAGUCCCGUUUCGGGAAUGCAUUCCACCUGUGUCGAGAGAUUCUCCGUCUCACCAAGCUGGUCGUAGACAGUCACGUGCAGUACCGACUCAACAACGUUGAUGCGUUCCAAUUGUCUGACGGACUGCAGUACAUCUUCGCCCACGUGGGGCAACUCACUGGAAUGUACCGUUACAAGUACAAGCUGAUGCGACAGAUCCGCAUGUGCAAGGAUCUCAAGCACCUCAUCUACUACCGGUUCAACACUGGCCCGGUGGGGAAAGGACCGGGCUGCGGCUUUUGGGCUCCCGGCUGGCGUGUGUGGCUGUUCUUCCUGAGAGGCAUCACCCCUCUGCUGGAACGCUGGUUGGGAAACCUGCUGUCGAGACAGUUUGAGGGCCGACACUCCAAGGGAGUUGCCAAGACCGUGACCAAGCAGCGCGUGGAGAGCCACUUUGACCUUGAAUUGCGCGCUUCUGUGAUGCACGACAUCUUGGACAUGAUGCCCGAGGGCAUCAAGCAGAACAAGGCGCGCACAAUCCUGCAACAUCUCAGCGAGGCGUGGCGCUGCUGGAAGGCUAACAUUCCCUGGAAGGUCCCCGGCUUGCCCAUACCCAUUGAGAACAUGAUCCUUCGCUACGUCAAAAUGAAGGCAGACUGGUGGACUAACACGGCGCACUACAACCGUGAACGAAUCAGGCGAGGUGCCACCGUCGACAAGACAGUCUGCAAGAAGAACCUGGGGCGUCUCACGAGGCUCUACCUCAAGGCAGAGCAGGAACGUCAGCACAACUACCUCAAGGAUGGCCCCUACAUCAGUGCUGAAGAAGCUGUGGCCAUCUACACCACAACUGUCCACUGGCUUGAGAGUAGGAGGUUUUCUCCGAUCCCGUUCCCUCCGUUGUCCUACAAGCAUGACACAAAGCUGCUCAUCCUGGCUCUCGAGCGCCUCAAGGAGGCAUACAGUGUGAAGAGCAGACUGAACCAGUCCCAGCGUGAGGAGCUGGGCCUCAUUGAGCAGGCCUAUGACAACCCUCAUGAGGCCUUGUCACGUAUCAAGCGUCACCUCCUGACACAACGAGCCUUCAAAGAGGUGGGCAUUGAGUUCAUGGACCUCUAUAGCCAUCUGAUCCCUGUCUACGAUGUGGAGCCUCUGGAGAAGAUCACAGAUGCCUACCUAGAUCAGUACCUGUGGUACGAGGCCGACAAGAGGCGUCUCUUCCCACCUUGGAUAAAGCCUGCAGACUCCGAACCUCCUCCACUCCUUGUGUACAAGUGGUGCCAAGGGAUCAACAACCUGCAGGACGUUUGGGACACCUCCGAAGGGGAAUGCAACGUCAUGUUAGAGUCUCGCUUCGAAAAGAUGUAUGAGAAGAUCGAUCUGACACUACUGAAUCGUUUGCUUCGUCUCAUCGUGGACCACAACAUUGCUGACUACAUGACAGCCAAGAACAACGUUGUCAUUAACUACAAGGACAUGAACCAUACCAAUUCCUACGGCAUCAUUCGAGGACUGCAGUUCUCAUCGUUCAUUGUCCAGUACUAUGGCCUUGUGCUGGACCUUCUGUGCCUUGGACUGCAGAGAGCAUCUGAAAUGGCCGGGCCACCACAGAUGCCUAACGACUUCCUCUCGUUCCAAGAUGUGGCCACUGAGACUGCUCACCCCAUCAGACUGUAUUCUCGCUACAUUGACAGAGUACACGUCUUCUUCCGAUUCACUGCAGAAGAAGCAAGGGAUCUGAUCCAACGCUACUUGACUGAACAUCCCGAUCCAAACAAUGAGAACAUUGUUGGCUACAACAACAAAAAGUGCUGGCCUAGAGAUGCUAGGAUGAGGCUCAUGAAGCACGACGUCAACCUGGGCCGUGCCGUUUUCUGGGACAUCAAGAACCGCCUGCCCCGAUCUGUGACGACGGUGCAGUGGGAGAGCAGCUUUGUGUCUGUGUACAGCAAAGACAACCCCAACUUGCUCUUCAACAUGGGAGGCUUCGAAUGCCGCAUCCUGCCCAAGUGCCGCAUGACGCACGAGGAGUUCAGUCACAGGGACGGAGUGUGGAACCUCCAGAAUGAGGUGACAAAAGAAAGGACUGCUCAGUGCUUCCUUCGUGUGGACGAUGAAUCGAUGCAGAGGUUUCAUAACAGAGUGCGUCAGAUUCUAAUGGCCUCGGGAUCGACGACUUUCACUAAGAUCGUGAACAAGUGGAACACAGCUCUGAUUGGUCUGAUGACGUACUUCCGUGAAGCCGUGGUGAACACGCAGGAGCUCUUAGACUUGCUCGUGAAGUGCGAGAACAAGAUCCAGACUCGUAUCAAGAUUGGACUCAACUCGAAAAUGCCCAGCCGUUUCCCGCCUGUGGUGUUCUACACUCCCAAAGAACUGGGUGGCUUGGGAAUGCUUUCCAUGGGACACGUCCUCAUUCCCCAGUCAGAUCUCAGGUGGUCGAAGCAGACAGACGUGGGCAUCACUCACUUCCGAUCUGGAAUGAGCCACGACGAAGACCAAGUCAUUCCCAACUUGUACCGCUACAUCCAGCCGUGGGAAAGCGAGUUCAUCGACUCACAACGAGUGUGGGCAGAGUACGCCCUGAAACGUCAAGAGGCGCUUGCUCAGAACAGACGUCUGACGCUGGAAGACCUCGAAGACAGUUGGGACCGUGGCAUUCCACGUAUCAACACCCUGUUCCAAAAGGACCGUCACACCCUGGCCUACGACAAGGGUUGGAGAGUACGCACUGACUUCAAGCAGUAUCAGGUCUUGAAACAGAACCCAUUCUGGUGGACGCACCAGAGGCACGACGGCAAGUUGUGGAACCUGAACAACUACCGCACCGACAUGAUACAAGCCCUUGGUGGUGUUGAGGGCAUUCUGGAGCACACACUCUUCAAGGGCACCUACUUCCCGACCUGGGAAGGUCUCUUCUGGGAGAAGGCCAGUGGAUUUGAAGAGUCCAUGAAGUACAAGAAGCUGACCAAUGCCCAGAGGUCCGGUCUCAACCAAAUCCCGAACCGCCGUUUCACACUGUGGUGGUCUCCAACCAUAAACCGUGCCAAUGUGUACGUAGGUUUCCAAGUGCAGCUUGACUUGACAGGCAUCUUCAUGCAUGGCAAGAUCCCCACAUUGAAGAUCUCACUGAUCCAGAUAUUCAGGGCUCACUUGUGGCAGAAGAUCCACGAAAGCAUCGUCAUGGACUUGUGCCAGGUCUUUGACCAAGAACUCGAUGCCCUUGAAAUUGAAACUGUUCAGAAAGAGACAAUUCAUCCCCGUAAGUCCUACAAGAUGAACAGCUCCUGCGCUGACGUCCUGCUAUUUGCAACCUACAAGUGGAACGUCUCUCGACCAUCCCUCCUGGCUGACUCAAAGGACACAAUGGAUGGCACAACCACUCAAAAGUACUGGAUGGACAUCCAGUUGCGGUGGGGAGACUACGACUCUCACGAUGUGGAGCGUUACGCUCGUGCCAAGUUCUUGGACUACACGACGGACAACAUGAGUAUCUACCCUUCACCCACCGGGGUUCUCAUUGCCAUAGAUUUGGCAUACAACCUUCACAGUGCCUAUGGGAACUGGUAUCCUGGUUGCAAGCCGCUGAUUCAGCAGGCUAUGGCCAAGAUUAUGAAGGCAAACCCGGCGUUGUACGUUCUCCGAGAACGAAUCCGCAAAGGAUUGCAACUGUACUCGUCCGAGCCCACUGAGCCCUACCUCUCCUCCCAGAACUAUGGAGAGCUCUUCUCGAACCAGAUUAUCUGGUUUGUGGAUGACACUAACGUCUACCGUGUCACCAUCCACAAGACGUUUGAGGGAAAUCUCACGACUAAGCCAAUCAACGGUGCGAUCUUCAUCUUCAACCCUCGCACUGGUCAGCUCUUCCUCAAGAUCAUUCACACCUCGGUCUGGGCAGGACAGAAGCGUCUGGGACAGCUUGCAAAGUGGAAGACAGCUGAAGAAGUGGCUGCUUUGAUUCGUUCAUUGCCUGUUGAAGAGCAGCCUAAGCAGAUCAUUGUCACCAGGAAAGGCAUGCUUGACCCUCUGGAGGUACAUCUGUUGGACUUCCCAAACAUUGUCAUCAAGGGAAGCGAGCUGCAGCUGCCUUUCCAAGCUUGCCUCAAGGUGGAGAAGUUUGGUGACCUUAUUCUCAAGGCAACUGAACCACAGAUGGUGCUCUUUAACCUGUACGAUGACUGGCUCAAGACCAUAUCAUCCUACACAGCUUUCUCACGUCUCAUCCUGAUUCUUCGAGCCCUGCACGUGAACAACGAACGCACAAAGGUGAUCCUGAAGCCCGACAAGACCACCAUCACGGAGCCUCAUCACAUCUGGCCCACCCUUACUGAUGAUGAGUGGAUCAAGGUUGAAGUCCAGCUGAAGGACCUCAUCCUGGCUGACUACGGCAAGAAGAACAACGUGAACGUUGCAUCCCUGACCCAGUCCGAAAUUCGUGACAUCAUCUUGGGUAUGGAAAUCUCCGCCCCAUCAGCUCAGCGACAGCAGAUUGCGGAAAUCGAGAAGCAGACGAAGGAACAGUCUCAGCUGACAGCUACGACUACGCGCACCGUCAACAAGCACGGAGAUGAGAUCAUCACCUCAACUACCAGCAACUACGAAACGCAGACGUUUGCCUCCAAGACGGAAUGGAGAGUGCGUGCCAUAUCGGCCACGAACUUGCACUUGCGUACCAACCACAUCUACGUGUCAUCGGAUGACAUCAAAGAGGCUGGAUACACGUACAUCCUUCCGAAGAAUAUUCUCAAGAAGUUCAUCAUCAUCUCGGAUUUGAGGACGCAGAUCGCAGGCUACCUCUACGGAGCAAGUCCGCAGGACAACCCUCAAGUGAAGGAGAUACGGUGCAUUGUGGUACCCCCGCAGUGCGGUACCCACCAAGCUGUGCAACUACCGGUUGCCCUGCCACAACAUGACCACUUGAGGGAGCUGGAACCGUUGGGCUGGGUCCACACACAACCCAACGAGCUACCUCAACUCUCUCCGCAGGAUGUGUCGGCUCAUGCACGCAUCAUGGCUGACAACCCAACAUGGGACGGAGAAAAAACUGUUAUCAUCACUUGCAGCUUUACCCCUGGCUCCUGCUCUCUGACAGCAUACAAGCUUACGCCAAGUGGGUACGAAUGGGGUCGACAAAACACGGACAGAGGAAACAAUCCAAAGGGCUACCUGCCAUCUCACUAUGAAAGAGUGCAGAUGUUGCUGUCCGACAGGUUCUUGGGAUUCUUUAUGGUUCCUGCUCAAGGUUCAUGGAACUACAACUUCAUGGGUGUUCGACAUGACCCCAACAUGAAGUACGAGCUGCAACUGGCCAACCCCAAGGAGUUUUACCACGAGAUCCAUCGGCCAUCUCACUUCCUCAACUUCAGCAGUUUGGAGGAACCAGACUCUAUCGGCAAUGACCGGGAAGACCUUUAUGCCUGAGUACCAUAAGGUCAUACCUCUGCUUUGUGUAUACUUUGCACAUAGUCACCAGUGUCAUUAUACUGGCUUUCUUGUCAGUCCUUUGCAUAUUCAUCAGUGUUGCAUGUUUUUAUGGGACAAGAAGAAAAAAAAAUAAAGGUGGCAUUACCAGUUAA